AUGGCUCUCAGCUACACCACCCUCUUUGUCUGUGAGCAACCUGAAGUUGCGCCGCCAGAGACCUCUUCAGAGGCGCUGUUUCUGCUCCUGGUCUGCCCCUCCCGCCCGCUCGAGAUGGGGGCGAACGUUCGCCUCCUCCUCGUCUUUGACCCGCCGAACCUGGUCCCCUUCUUCCCCAUCGCCACCCGAGCCCCCUUCACGGCCCUCCGCCUCGAUAUCUGGGGCACAGUAGUUGGUGUCAAGUCCCAAGACCGAAGGGUGGUGGAGUUCGAGGUUGAGAACCACAAUGAAGAGGCGCCGAUCCGGCGCGCACGUAUAGUAGCCCCGUGGCUGCCCGGGCUGACGGCGGGCCGAGACCUCCGGGGUCCCUCUGGGGCCGGGGUCCCCGAGCUCCCCGAUAUCCCCAAGCUGCACGGGGCGGUGAAAAACGCCCGGCCCCACUAUGCCGCUGACUCUCGGCGGGCGGGUGAACGCGAGGUGGCUAGGCGGGCUGGAGGCGAAGGAAGGAGGGGAAGCGCUGGCAUGCAGGAGACACGAGGCACAGCCGAGGGGUACGAGGCGUGGGAGCUGAGCGCGGAGUACGCCAACGAGCAGGAGGGCCUAUACGAAAGUUUCCCGUCGUCGCUGACCGACCGCCACACCCCUGGGGCCCGCUCGCUCUCCCCCACUGGCUCUGACUACUGGAUUCACUCGCUAAAAAAUAAGCUCGCGGCCGGCCGCAAUGCCAUCCCGUCGCGCGGCCCCUACGUCCCGCCCUACGACCCCGACAGACACGAGCAUAUCGCUGACGACGACGACGGCGGGUUCCCUCGCUGGUGGAGCUCCGGCUGGUGGCCCCCUUCACUCGACUCCGCCCCCCAGGUCCUACGCCCUUGUGGCGUCCUCUCCUCCCACGAGCCCGCGCAUGACCCAUGCCCCACAAGCUACCGCUACCACGGCCUAACGAUGCUACAGGGCCCAGGCGUCACGCCGGAGGGCGCGGCUGGACCCGGCACGCAGACAGGAAUGAGGCUCGCAAACCACAGCGGCGAUGGAGGCCUUAGCCGCACACCUAGCGCGGCCAGCGAGGCGCCAGGGCUGCCUAACGCUGAGGCGAAGUCAAGCGAAGGUGCUAAGGACGGGCCGAAGGAUAAGGGGAAAGGUAGAGGGCCGCCAGGUCCGCCGAGCCCGCGCAUGUCCCCGGUGGCGACGUCCACUCCUUCCUCCCCGCCUUCCCCCCCGCUCCCGGCUUUCCCAGAAGGCUUCGAAGUUCACGGCACCCGCUACGUGUGUGCUGAAGACUUAAGCUGCGGGAUAGCGGAGGGCAUCAUGAGCGGCGCGCAGUAUGACGAUUACAUUACUGAUGGCAUCGGCCGUGAUGGGCAACCGCUCCCUGGUCAAGUACCCGACUACGAGCAGCGCAAGCGCAAACGCGCGCGCAUCCACACCCCGUCGCCGGAAUGCGAGGAGGCCGUCGUCUUUUACGGCCGCGCACUGCCUGGAGAAAUCCCGAACCCGCCGACACCAUACCCGGCGACGAUCACGACGGCGCGGGCUCUUAUUGCCAAGGAUAGAGAAGAGUAUGGACGCCUCCCGCCGCCCUCGCCUAGCCGGACCUCCCUAGUGCCACCGCCAUCCACCCAGCCGCGCCAGCCGAUCUCACGCUUAGGAUAUGGCAUGGCGAGGCCGGCCAGGACCAGGAAGUCGCUCCCCCUUUCCCAGCCGUCCCCGCAGGCGGGUCGAACGCCGCAUGUGCCGAUGAACGUCGACCCGCCUCCUCCCUUCCUUCCCCAGGUUCCUAGUUUCUCGGCGACACCCACGCCGCGCGCUCGCUCGGGCACCGGGAUGCAGCUCUGCCCCACCAUACUCGCGCGAACCACGGCAGGACCGCCGCAGCGUUCUGCAACGGUGGCGGCCGCCGCGCGUUCUGGGACGGCGUCUCAGCAGGCGAGCUCGUCGAGGACGCCCUGGACGGGUGGCUGGGACGACCGGAGCUGGAGCGCGCCGUCCACAAGCACGAGGAACGACACUCCUCGCCCGCCGCCGCUGGUCGACCCCUUCUGCCCCAGCAACAUGAGCCACCGCCCGCCAAACUACAGGGAGCCGAUGUCCUUUGAGAUGCCUCGAGACGUCUCUUUUGACCUUCCUGCGGUGACUGAGGAGGCGCCGCCUGAAGCCGGCCUGGUCCCGUCGCAGAUCCACCCCGAGCACAGCAGCGGGCAGCUGCCCUCCACGUCCUCCGCGCCCCCAGCUACGACAGCAAGGCGGACUCACACGUAUAUCGCGCAGAUGGCAACCCUGCAGGCGUACUCGCCGCAAGGUUUCGUGUUUACCCCAGCCCCAGAUGGAGGGUUCGGGCCGCACGACUUCCCCGACCCCGAACAUCUGAUCCAUGGCAUGGCGAGCGGGCGCGUGGCGGAUAUCUGGCGGGAGAACGGGCGAACCACUCUAUUCGUGGAGAUCUACGGCAUCCGUCACCCCAGCCCGCGGCUGAUCCGGACGCUCACGGACGGCGUGACUGCUGCUUUCUCGGCGAUGACACGCACGACGGGCUUUCGCGUCAUCGAGCCAGUGGCGGCACACCCCGCGCAUCGCCGGAGCAGCCCGUCGACCUUCACCCUCACUGGCGUCCCCGAGCAUGUCGUCGACGCGGUGGUGAACCAGAGGGUAUGGUCGUCUACCUUCCUCACGCUCCUGGCCUAUCGGCGCGCCAUCACGCUUCCCAACUUCCUGUGUCGGCUUGUCGACCUCACCCAGGACCCCGAACUGGACGUCGCGAGGAUGGUCUGGGAGGCCUUCAACGGACCCUCCAUCCUCCCGACCCUCCUGCGCUUUGCUCGGGGAAACUCUCGGUUCAACGGGAUGGGCACUGAAGAAGCCGCAAACAUCAUCCUAAGCUCGCUUCGGGUCCAUGUGACCACCCUCGACGACAACAGUCUGGUGGCGGCGGUGUACUGCGACUCUCCCGCGGCGACCGUCAGCGACUGGCGCGAGUGGCGCGACACCGUCCGCCGCGCCUCCUUCCGUUUUGGUGACCAGAUUGCGACUGUCGCGCAACUGGCACUCUGCGCGGGGUGCCACAGCGCCGCCCACUCCACUGAGCUCUGCCCACUGCCCCUCCUCCCGGGGUGGAACGCGCCCCCGCCACGCCCGCGCCCUCGCCCGCAGCCCGCGCGCGACACCACGGACCUUGGCCCCAGCAGUCUCACAGCGCAGGGCGACGUAGCGGGACCGUCCACCUUUAACAGGUCGAUGCGUGGGCGCGGCUCGUCCAACUCAAACCGUGGAGGCGGCGGCGGAGGCCGCCAAGGCAAUGGGCGCCGUGGGGUUGGUAAUGGCAACGGUAACGGCGGCGGGAAUGGCGGCGGAAAUGGUGGAGGCAAAGGGAAUGGCGGCAAGCGCGGGCGCGACGGAUAUGACGGUAACCACUACGACCGUGAACCGUACAUGUAG